GUGCGGACGCGCCGCGGUGUGGCCGCAAUUGCUGCCCAAGGGGCAGUGCUGCUGCCAUCUAUUCGCCUGCGAUCGCUGCUGCCGUGUGUGCAUCAGCUAAGGCCAGACAGGAGAGAAAAAUGCAUUGGGCUGCUUUCACACUCAUCCUACUGGGGGCAGCGGCAGAGACAGACGGCGGCGGCGAGGCAUUAGCAGCACGCCGACGAUUGGUGACGCGCCCCUACUUCGUGCCCCCGCCGGACCUCACGAAGAACUGGCUCGUGCACGGCGCGGACCACCGCGGCGCGCGCGCCGACUGGAACCCGGUCUGCAGGCGCUACGAGGCCCGGACACCGCCGCUCGCGGCUGCGGCCGCGCGCCUGCGGUCGCAGGACCAAUCUAUAAAGCGCGGCCCAGCUCCAACACUGGAGGAGCCGCGCGUCGCCGGCAACGCCACGCGCACCGAGGACGUCGUCGCGCUCGUGCGCACGACGUGGGCGCGCUACUGCCGCAACGUCGUGCCGGCCUACCGGACGUGGGCGGCCCUCCUCCCCGACGCGUACGCCGUCGCCCAGGAGCCGAACCGGUCGCACGCGUGGAUCAACGAGCUGCCCCGCGAGAUGCUCGACUACCGGCGCGACAUCCGCCCGGGCGAACAAAAGCGCGGGCCAAAGGGCGUGCGCGUGCCGCUCUACUACGGCUGGAAGCUAAUGCGCUACGGCCGGCGCGGCACGCUGAGCCGCCCCGUCGUCGUCGCGUCGCAGUGCCGCCACGUCUCGCACCGGAAUCCGUGCUGCGCCGCCGACGCGCAGCUGCGCUUCGCGCACGAUCUGCUCUCGCGCGGCUCGAAGGCGAAGUGGUUCCUCUUGGUCGACGACGACGUCUUCGUCCACACGUACGCAUUAGCGCGGGCGCUCGCGACGCUCGACCCGGCGAAGGCGCUGGCCGUCGUCGCGCCGGCGACGCGGGACCGCGCGGGCGCCUGCGCCGGCCUCGCGGCCGCGGCGCUCUCGCGGGCGGCGCUGGAAGCCGUGGGACCGGCGGCGACCGGCCGCGGGAUCGACGCGGCGUGCGCCGCGCUGGGAUCGCCGCAGAAGGCGCUCGCAGCUGUCCUCGCGGGCCAUGGAGUGGAUCUGCUCGCGCCCCCGGCCCGAGACGUCUUCGUGGUCGGGGCCGAGCCCGACGACUACGGCGCGCUGCGCGACGAGCGACGCGAGCACGUCGACCUCGCGUGCUCGACCGCGUAUCCCGCACCGUGCGCGACGGAAGCGGCGGAAACGGCCCCGCGGCGGCGGCUUGCGGCACGGGAGCAGAAGCGCCUUCCGAUCGAGGAGCGCCGCAAGAUCGCGCCCGUGGCAGGGCAAAAGAAGCCGCCCGAGCCGUACCGCGCGCCGCCACCCCCGACCUGGCGCCUCCGAGAAGGGUGCUGCGCUGCCGCCGCCGCCGCGGAGGCGCCGCCCGCCGCAGGGACGUGCCCCCGCUCGCAAGCGACGGCGGCGUGGCUCGCGGCGCGCCGCGCGAGUUAG